UUGUUGGGUUGUGUCAUGCGUGAUGUGAUGAUUCAAUGACAACAAAACAGAAACCAAGGGUAAAAACGAAAUUAGACCAAUAGUAGUCUUUGACGAGGAUUGUCCAAUAAUGUCCGAAGGUCAUCAACUUUCAUCUGUUCCCCCUGCCAACUAGUCACUAGAUACUCUUCUAAAGAGCUUCUGAAAGUAGUAGAGUUGCAUUAACUUGCAAAAGUCAUCCUUUUUUGUAAAAGUUUUUUUGUCUGAACAAUGGUGAGUUCCUCAACAACGAUCUCUGUUUCAUGUGCCUCAAAGAAGUCUCGAUCUCCUAAACCCCAGAAGAAGAUUACUGUUAAGGUCAAGACCCAACAGGGUGGAGAAGAGGAUGUUUACAAGCUUGGUUAUGGUACACAUCUGAAUAAACUAAUGCAAGCUUACUGCACCAAGAGGAACUUAGAUGAAGGCACUGUCAGAUUCAUCUUCGGCAAAAAACAGCUCAAACCACGAAGCACUCCUGCUCAGUUGAAGAUGAAAGAAGGCGACGUCAUUGAUAUUGUCACCGAUCAAGACGUUACAAACUUGUCUGAAAGAUUCAUGAUUCCUCCUAUAAAUGGGCUCAAGAAGAACUAUACUUCGAGCAUCAUCCACCAUGCUUCAAACUCAAGAACUAUACCGAUGCGUAGAGCCCAUGUUUAUCAGCAAUAAGCAAAGAGUAUUACUUCCAGUGGCUGACCCAAAAAAUAAUUUUACAUGGAUCAUAAUUCUUAAUUAUUUUAAAUACAAAGAUAUUUAUUUAAAAUACGGUAAAUCAAUUAUUUAAACUAAAACACUGCCACAAAAUAUAUAUUUACUAUAUUAAAGAUUAAAUGGCGGGUAUACUUUUUGUUUUAAUUUUUUUUUAAGAGAUUUAAUUUUCAUAUUUGUAUUUUUAUUUGUAAUCGUAGUUUUUAUAUAAAUCUUAAUCAAAAUCUAUUUUAUAAAAUGAUAGCAAUUUAAAAGUUGAUCUGGUGUAGGCUUAGUUCUUUAUAAUCAUAUGCAUGUAUACCCGUUUCUUUGUAAUCAUAUUUGUAUGUUCUAGAUCUUGAUCCGCAGGUAUAACGUUGGUUUGUAACUUUUUUUUUUUUUUUUGGUUUCUGUAAGUAUGUAAUUUUUUUUGAAAUUUUUUUAUAUGGGAAAGAAAUUUAAUUUAUAUGUUUGUGUAUAAUAGUUUUUAAAGUUAUUAGUAAGGGAUUUUGAUAAUUGUAUUGAAUUUACUGAAUUAUUUUCAUACUUUAUACGAUGAAAUACUUUAUCUCAGGUGGUAAAAGAGUGGUUAUAAACUUGUUGGUACCCGAGUUCGAACCCAGUCUAUGUACUUUUCGUCUGCUUUUUUUAUUUAAAUGAGGGAUAAAACCGUACUUUCCCUUUCAUCUCCUUCCUGUUAACCUAGUGUUUCUCUGAAACUUAAGUCGACGGCCUCCUGUUUUCUCAUUGAUUUCACUCAUUUUCAUCAUAUUUUACUCAAUUCUAUGCUUUUUCAAUAUAUUUAACUAAAAUAAAUCGAUUUUUAACAUAGAUUCAACCAAACUCGAGAUUAUUAAAGUUUCCUAUUUCAUAAACAUUUAGAUAAUCGAAGGUGGUUUGACGAUUCCACGUUUCAUAUGUAGAACUAGAAGGUGGUUAUCGAAGUGGUUACCACUUCAUGAUAUAUUUAGAUAAUGCAGUUAUAUUUUAAGGCGGACAUAACUUCUAUCAAUUGGUUAGGUUCCUGUUUUAAUAGUAUUGAUUUAUUAUAUUUAAAUUUUAUAAAAAAAACUUAUGUUCAAUUGAAAUUUUAUAUACCUAAAAGUAAAAAUGUUGUGUCGGCCAACAAAAAAAGUAAAAAUAUUGUGAAAUGAGUUUCUUUAUUUUUAAAUAUAAAUACAUAAAAUAUAUAUUAAAACAACAUUUUUUAUUAAAAAUAUAUCUACAAAUUAAUAAAUUAUAAUAAUCUCAAUAUUAUUAAUUUAUAAAUUUUAUACUAUAGUUAUUCUUUUGUUUUGAAAGAAUUUUAAAUUUUAUUCACUUCAAAAAAACAUUGUACAAGUAAUUCAUUAUAAAAAGAAACUAAUUUUGAUUAUUGCAACAAACUUCUCCAUGAACCGUCCAAGAAAACUGAAUCACUAUAACAAGAAAGUGGACAGAACUAUACAUCUUUUUAAUGGCCCUAAGUUAAUAAGUUGUCACAUCUCUUCAUUAUGGUAUGAUAGGUUUCUUAAUUACCGUGUAUGUAGUUUAUAAAAAUAUUUUAAAUAAUAAUGAAAAUAUUUGCAUUAUUGUAAUUAGAAAAUCAAAAUCAAAAUCAAAAUCAAUUUGAACACAUUUCCAUAAUUUCCCAGUAACUUAUCUCAAUGAUUUACGGAUCAAAUAAUAAAUUGCAUUUUUCCGUGGAUCAAAUAAUAAAAUAAACGGACGUUGAUUUGCUUAAUCCGGUUCCGAAAGCACUCUGCUACAUUCCAUCAUGUGGCCUUGCAAAUAUGAAUUCAUUAUUUAUGACUUAUUUGAAUAUUCGGAGAAAAAUGCCAUCUGUAGCUUACAUUUUUCUUUGAAAAAUAGUCUAAAUCUUUUGAUAGAUUCGGAAUACCUUCAAGUUAAAAUAUAUAUGUAUAUAUAUGUUUCACUUGUGUUUUUAUCAAAUAAUAAUUUGCCGUAAAAUUAUCUCUUUUGUGUGUUAAAUAAUAAUUUACCUCCAUUUUUGUUUUUGUCAAAUAAUAAUUUGAUUCCUAAUUUAUUUUGUGGGCCACUUGACUUCCUUUUAUUCUAUGUAUCAAAUAUUCCAUCUGUUUCAAAAUAAUAAACGUUUUAGAAUUUUCAUAUUUUUUAAUAAAUAUAUUAUAAAUGCAUAGUUUUUUGUAAUUUUAUAUUUCCUAUAUUUUUAAACCAAUAAAUUUUUAUAAAAAAAAUUGUAAUUCAAGUUUUUGAAAUUCACAAUUUUUCAUUAUUAAUUGACAAAAUUUGCAUUGAAAAUAUAAAAAAUAUAUGUUUUUGAAAUAAUUUUUUUCUCUAGAACAUGAAUCUUUUUUAAACAGAGGGUGAUAAUUUGUCUAUCAAAUUUUAGAAAUCAAUAAUGUGCAUGACAUAUCUAAGGCACGGUAAGAGCCCUCAUCUUUUUAGUUUUCUUUCCUCUUGCAUUGACGUCUCUCGAAGAUCAAUGGAAUCCCAUCAAAGAUAUUAAAUAAUAAUUUGCUUCCUAAUUUGUUUUGUGGUAUCAAAUAAUAAUCUAUCUCAUUUUUUAUUUUGUCAAAUAACAACUUGCCUACCUUUUAUUUUGUGAAUCAAAUAAGAAUUUGUUUGCCAAAUUUCCGAAAUCAAUAAUGUGCAUGAAUCUCAAAGCACUAUAAGAGUCUUCUAAGUCUUUUCAUUUUCUUCUACCAUAGUUUGAGUUGAUAAAGAAAAUACACAUAAAUAAUAAUGGUUAAAUACACAGCCAAAUGAAUAAGUCAAUUUUUUUUGUUCUCUUCUCUCUUAUUAUCCUCUCUGUUCACGUGUUUGGAUUGACGCCUCUCGAAGAUCAAUGGAUUCUCAUCAAAGAUGUUAAGGACCCUUACAUUAUAGAGAUUGGUGAAUUUGCAGUCUCAGAGUACGCCAGAUUAAACAAACUUCAAUUGAAGUUUGUGACAGUUGUUAGCGGUGAUAUUCAAAUAGCCUCCAAUUUGAAAUAUUACAAGCUUAUAGUGACGGCUAACGAUGGGGGAAACAGCGCGAGCAAAAACUACGAAACAGUCGUAUGGAAGCUAAAAUCAAUAUCGGAACUCAUGGACUUCGAGCCACUAUCUUAAAGAAUCGUUUGAUAUGAUGAUUUUAUAUGUAGCUGAUUUUUUUAUGAAGUAAAAAAAUUAAAACAAAUAAAAAAUGAAUUUUUUUUUAUAUUUUUCUUUGCAAUUUGUAAUUUUUAAAUUCUGAUUCUCAAAUUGCAUAUUUGGCCAACAAUCGUCAACAAAGGUUUAGUAUCCGUUAAUUAUUCCGAACAGAUAAACCGUUGAUUAUUUAUGACUUAUUUGAAUAUUCGGAGAAAGGACCAUCUGUAUCUUACAUUUUUCUUUGAAUAUUCGGAGAAAGGACCAUCUGUAUCUUACAUUUUUCUUUGAAAAAUAGUUAAUCUUUUGAUAGACUCGAAAUACCUUCAAGUUAAAAUAUAUAUGUAUAUAUAUAUAUGCUUCACUUGUGUUUUUAUCAAAUAAUAAUUUGCCAUAAAAUUACCUCUUUUGUGUGUCAAAUAAUAAUUUACGUCCAUUUUUGUUUUUGUCAAAUAAUAAUUUGAUUCCUAAUUUGUUUUGUGGGCCAACUUGCCUUCCUUUUAUUUUAUGUAUCAAAUAUUCCAUCCGUUUCAAAAUAAUAAAUGUUUUAGAAUUUUCACAUUUUUUAAUAAAUAUAUUAAAACGUAGUUAUAAAUGAAUAGUUUUUUGUAAUUUUAUAUUUUCUAUAUUUUUAAACCAAUAAUUUUUUUUAAAAAAAUUGUAAUUCAUGUUUUUGAAAUUUACAAUUUUUUAUUAUUAAUUGACCAAAAUUGCAUUGAAAAUAUAAAAAUAUGUCUUUUGAAACCAUUUUUUCUCUAAAACAUGAAUCUUUUUUAAACGGAGGGUGAUAAUUUUUCUAUCAAAUUUUAGAAAUCAAUAAUGUGCAUGACAUAUCUAAGGCACGGUAAGAGCCCUCAUCUCUUUAGUUUUCUUUCCUCUUGCAUUGAGAUCAAUGGAAUCCCAUCAAAGAUGUUAAAUAAUAAUUUGCUUCCUAAUUUGUUUUGUGGUAUCAAAUAAUAAUCUAUCUCAUUUUUGAUUUGGUCAAAUAACAACUUACCUUCCUUUUAUUUUGUGAAUCAAAUAAGAAUUUGUCUGCCAAAUUUCAGAAAUCAAUAAUGUGCAUGAAUCUCAAAGCACUAUAAGAGUCCUCGAAGUCUUUUCAUUUUCUUCUACCAUAGUUUGAGUUGAUAAAGAAAAUACACAGAAAUAAUAACGGUUAAAUACGCAGCCAAAUGAAUAAGUCAAUCUUUUUUGUUCUCUUCUCUCUUAUUCUCCUCUCUGUUCACGUGUUUGGAUUGACGCCUCUCGAAGAUCAAUGGAUUCCCAUCAAAGAUGUUAAGGACCCUUACGUUAUAAAGAUUGGUGAAUUUGCGGUCUCAGAGUACGCCAGAUUAAACAAAAUUCAAUUGAAGUUUGUGACGGUUGUUAGCGGUGAUAUUCAAAUAGCCUCCAAUUUGAAAUAUUACAAGCUUAUAGUGACGGCUAACAGUGGCGGAAACAGCGGGAGCAAAAACUACGAAACAGUCGUAUGGAAGCUAAAAUCAAUAUCAGAACUCAUGGACUUCGAGCCACUAUCUUAAAGAAUCGUUUGCUAUGAUGAUUUUAUAUGUAACUGAUUUUUUAUGUAGUAAAACAAGUUAAAAAAAAUAAUAAUAAUUUUUUAAUA